AUGAAGCCUAGCAUUUGUGCAAUCCUUGGAGCUGCUAUUGGUACUGUCCAUGGAGGAGCAAUUCAUAGAAAACGUGCAAUUAAUGACGCGGCUAUUCUCAACUAUGCGUUGACACUUGAACAUCUUGAAGCUACUUUCUAUCAACAGGGCCUGCAAAACUACUCUCAUGAGGCCUUUUUGAAUGCUGGGUUUCCAGGCCCCUUCUAUGCAAAUUUGCAAGAGGUUGCCUCCGAUGAGCAGACUCAUGUGGAGUUCCUCACAAGCGCACUGAAUGCUGCUGGUUUCCCGGCGGUUGCACAGUGCAGCUACUCAUUCCCAGCGACCGACCCAAAAAGUUUCAUUUCGCUUGCGAAUGUAUUAGAAGGCGUCGGAGUCAGUGCUUACCUUGGAGCGGCAGCUUCAAUCGCCAAUGAAACAUACCUUACCGCGGCAGGGAGUAUCCUCACUGUAGAGGCCCGCCACAAUGCCUAUCUUCGCGCAGCACUCGGCCAGGUUCCUUAUGCGCAGCCUUUCGAUAGUCCACUUAAUUUUAAUGAAGUUUACACCGUUGCCUCACCUUUCAUUACUUCAUGUCCUUCGAGCAACCCGCAGCUUCCAGUGAAGGCUUUCCCCUCUCUAACAAUGGUCCCUAGUGGGAAUGUGAUGAACGGAUCCACAGCGACUUUGGUGGCUGGUACCGGUGGUUUCAAUACCAGCAAUCUGUCAGCGGCAUUUAUCACGGUCACUGGGCCUGUCUAUGCAUCUCUGAAGUCCCUCGGUAACAGUCAGUUCAUUGUCACUAUUCCUGGAGGUGUCGAGGGUCAGAGCUAUGUUGUCUUGACGAACAGUAUGAGCGGCGUGAGUGAUGAUAAUAUCGUGGCUGGUCCAGCCAUAGUUGAAGUAUUGAUGUGA